UUAUCCAAAUCUCUUCUCUAUCUUGUAACGAUGCCAAAUAUCGAUGAAACAACUGUCGUGCGUGGUCGUGAUCUUGAGAUGGACGUGAUCCGGAAUACUAUAGAACUGGAAGCACAUCGGGCCAUCAUAGAAGUCCCUAGUCAGGACCAGGGUGAACGUCCUUCUACUAGUAUUCUAUUUAAUGAAAGACGUUAUCUCGAAGAUAAUGGUAUUGACGUAUUUGGGCCCUAUAAAAAAUAUAUAUUGGUGUUUCAAUGCAAAAAUUAUACUAGAAGACGAUAUGUUACGGAGCUUAUUGGUGUUUUGAACAAAUUUCCAGAUAAACAUACGAUCGGCAUAUUUGUUACUUCGCUUUCGGAUGGGUAUGUAGAAAGAGCCCGACUUUGGGCGGAAGGUUCCAAUAUCCCCAUCCUUUUGACUUCCAUUUGGAAUUUGGAGCAGGUUCUUUUAAACCUCCCUUGGAAUCCAUACGCCAUUAAUGAGGAAUCCCUUCAGAAAAUGAUGGAAGAAUCAUUGAAAUUGGCUUAUCGUCAAGAAGAUCGUACAAAGAGCAUUAAACAAAAAGUAACACAAACACAUCAAGAUAUGAAGGAAUUAUCUCUCUGGAUACUCUGGAUUUUUUGGAAUUCAGUGGUGAUCGUUAUUCUUGUGUGUUUUAUUCUAGGUUGGCUUGGACGUAUCUGGAUAUCAUACUUUAAUU